UCGGCGAGCGCAGUGGCGGCCGCCAGGGCUUCGUUUUCGGUUUCAACUCUGGCGGCGGCGGCCGGCUACCCGUCCGCCCCCAGCUCCCUGUGCGGUAGCCGCUCCGGCGUCCGCGUGGUCCCCGGGCUCCGGUGCUCGGCGUGAAGCCCUGGCCCCGGCGGCCGGGGCAUGGGCUAGGGGCGGCGGGUAAGGCGGCUUCCCGCAGGGCCGUGACUCGCACCGGCUUCAGCAUGAAGACCCUCAUAGCCGCCUAUUCCGGGGUCCUGCGAGGCACUGGCUCCAGCAUCCUCUCUGCCCUCCAGGACCUCUUCUCUAUCACUUGGCUGAAUAGAUCCAAGGUGGAAAAGCAGCUACAGAUCAUCUCAGUGCUUCAGUGGGUCCUGUCCUUCCUUGUGCUGGGAGUGGCCUGCAGCGUCAUCCUCAUGUACACAUUCUGCACCGAUUGCUGGCUCAUCGCUGUGCUCUACUUUACCUGGCUGGUGUUUGACUGGAACACGCCCAAAAAAGGUGGCAGGAGGUCACAGUGGGUUCGAAAUUGGGCUGUCUGGCGCUACUUUCGAGACUACUUUCCCAUCCAGCUGGUCAAGACACACAACCUGCUGACCACCAGGAACUACAUCUUCGGAUACCACCCCCAUGGCAUCAUGGGCCUGGGUGCCUUCUGUAACUUCAGCACAGAGGCCACGGAAGUGAGCAAGAAGUUCCCUGGCAUAAGGCCCUACCUGGCCACACUGGCUGGCAACUUUCGGAUGCCAGUGCUGAGGGAGUACUUGAUGUCUGGAGGCAUCUGUCCUGUGAACCGGGACACCAUAGACUACUUGCUUUCGAAGAAUGGGAGUGGCAAUGCCAUCAUCAUCGUGGUUGGGGGCGCAGCCGAAUCCCUUAGCUCCAUGCCUGGCAAGAAUGCAGUCACCCUGCGCAACCGCAAGGGCUUUGUGAAACUGGCCCUGCGUCAUGGAGCUGACCUGGUUCCCACUUACUCCUUUGGGGAGAAUGAGGUCUACAAGCAGAUAAUCUUUGAGGAGGGCUCCUGGGGCCGAUGGGUCCAGAAGAAGUUCCAGAAGUACAUUGGCUUCGCCCCAUGUAUCUUUCAUGGCCGAGGCUUCUUCUCCUCUGACACCUGGGGGCUGGUGCCCUACUCCAAGCCUAUCACCACUGUCGUGGGUGAGCCCAUCACCAUCCCCAAGCUAGAGCACCCGACCCAGCAAGACAUUGACCUGUACCACAGCAUGUACAUGGAGUCCCUGGUGAAGCUCUUCGACAAGCACAAGACCAAGUUCGGCCUCCCGGAGACCGAGGUCCUGGAGGUGAACUGAGCCAGCCCUCAGGCCAGCCGCUGGAGGAACCAGCUGCAAAUCAUUUUCUACCAAGUUCUCAACUGCUUUUUGUUCUGUAAAUUUGGAAGCGUCAUGGGUGUCUGUGGGUUAUUUAAGAGAAAUUAUAAUAAUUUUGUUAAACCAUUACAAUGUUAGGUCUUUUUUAAGAAGGAAAAAGUGAGUAUUUCAAGCUCUUUCGCUUCCAGUUUGUCCUGUUCUAGGUGGUGGCUAACACAUAUGGGUCUUUAUGGUUUCUCAACCAACCCCUCUUCUUCCUUUCCCAAAACUGCAGAGAAAACUCAGUCCUGGUGAAUUGGGGAAGAAGAACAGCCAUUAGUGACUCAGAUCAGUUAGAGUAUUUAUUUGUUCGUUGCCCCUGGAGGAUGAGGGGCAGAAACUACUUCUAAUACAAACACCUCUAUUCCCAGCUACCUUGACUUGACAGCAGGACUAGUCCCUCUUGCCAAGGGGAAGACUCAAAGGACACAAUUGUCACAUUUUGAAGAGUGUAAUGAUGAGCAUCUGGACUGUUCCAAUUUGAUUCUCCUUUCUGCCACUCCCCACACCUCCAGUCUUUCAAAUCUGAGCCUGGACUGGCCUCCAAAGUGACAAUGAGGGCGGUGAUGACCCUGUGCUGGGGAACAGGGCUGUCCCAGAUGUGCCAUCUCAUGGAUUAUCCAGCUGCCACAUUCUGGUUGGAGUGACUGGUUUUCCUCAGGGGGCUGAUGGCACGGCCCCAGCACUGACCUAGCCUUCAUCUAGAAGGAUUCCAUACUUCCAGUGGCUUCGGUUUGCUUAACCACACCCCAAGUGUGGGCGUGAGGAAGGGGUCCCUCUUCCUGUUCACAGAGGGGCUUGACAUUCUAAAUAGCAGAUUGGUUCCAGAACAGUCGGCCCCCAAACCCAAGCCUCAUAUAUGUGUGCCUUUCUGAGAAGGUGAGGGCCAGAGAAGAAACCAAGCCCUUCCUAUGUGUGUUCUGUUUUCUCUUGAUGAGAUCAUUGUACCAUGUCAGACUUUUGUAUAUUCUUAAACAAAUAAAUAAAAACAAGCAUCCUCUAUGA